AAGGAAGAUGUCACUAAUGAGGAGAUGGCAGAAAAACUGUCUAUACGAAAGCAACGUUUUAUGAAGUUUGCCUCCUUGGAAUAUGAAGGAGAAUAUUACAUGACACCUAGAGACUUCCUGUUCUCAGUAAUGUUUGAUCAUGUUGGCUGUACAGCAUUGGCCAAGAAAUUGACUGAAAAGGAUGUAGAUGCUGCAUUAAUAAAUGUUACAAAGGUUAAACCAGGAGCAACCUUUUUUAGAGACCUCGGCGAUAAAGGACUGAUCUCAUAUACAGAGUACCUCUUUUUGCUGACAAUCCUCACAAAACCACAAACUGGAUUUCAUAUUGCUUUUAAAAUGUUGGAUGCAGACGGCAAUGAACAAGUUGAAAAAAGGGAGUUCUUUAAGCUUCAGAAAAUCAUUGGGAAGCAAGAUGAUUUGAGAAAAAGUUCUGGACAUGAAACUGUAUCACAGGAAACAGAAUUGGAAGGCUCUGGUGUUAAUACAACAUUGCUGGUGCACUUCUUUGGAAGAGCAGGAAAAGAGAAACUUCACUAUUCUGAGUUUUGCAGAUUUAUGGAAAAUUUACAAACAGAGGUUCAAGAAAUGGAAUUCAUACAGUUUUCAAAGGGUCUGAACUUCAUGAGAAAAGAGGACUUUGCAGAAUGGUUAUUAUAUUUCACAGAUGAAGAAAACAAUGAAAUUUACUGGCAAAAUGUGAAAGAGAGAAUCCAAGCAGGAGAGAAUAUCAGUUUGGAUGAAUUCAAGACAUUUUGCCAGUUUACAAAUCGCUUAGAAGACUUUUCAAUUGCCAUGCAAAUGUUUACUGUAGCCAAUCGUCCUGUCAAAUUGGCGGAGUUCAAGAGAGCAGUGAAAGUGGCAACAGGACAGGAACUCUCAGACAAUGUUUUGGACACAAUCUUCAAAAUCUUUGAUUUAGAUGGAGAUAAUUGCCUCAGCCAUGGCGAGUUUCUGGGAGUACUGAAGAAUAGGAUGCAUCGAGGCUUACGGGUACCACAACAGCAAGGGGUACAAGGAUACUGGAAAUGUGUGAAAAGAGAAAGCAUUAAAGGAGCAAAAGAAGUCUGGAAGCAAACUGGGAAAAGUCCUUUCUAAAACAAUUACUUGUUUUUCUUUAUCAUUAUAAAUGUCAUGGGUUGGGGUUUUCAUGUAUUUCUAGUUUAUAUGCUGGCUGAAUCAUGUGCAUUUUAUGCAACUUUUAAAUAUUUAAUCCAAUUUCUGAUAUUAAUUUUACAGUAUUUAUCAAUAUAAUCAGGUUUGCCUGUGGAACUGUUGUGACAUCUAGCUUCUGUACAGAAAAGUACACUCCAUUCCAGGAAAUGCUAAAGUUUACAAAAAUGGGUAUUGGCAGAAUACCUGUGUGGAGAGAGACCCUGCUCUCUAGCAUGCGGGAUACCUGAGUUUUAGAGCUGUUCACUUGCUGAGUAUACUGCAGAAGUAACAUUUGCAACCUGAAAAUGGAAGACCAGUAACAUAGCAAUGUCAUGCAACCCAAAAUAUACCUACCAAGUUUCCUUUACAAGGAUUGGGAGUUAUAAAGGCACAGACUAAUUGCACAAUCCCUCUGAGAUACAAAGUUUUGGUAUUAAAAAAAAAGCUUGACUGUAUUGUUUUGUGUGUCAUCACUAUUGCGAAUGGCCCAUAAUACAUAUGAAUGUACAUUUGUUUGCUGUUUUGGUAAUCGGAUUAACAUAUCUCAAUCAAAACUGGAAAUGUAAGAUUGUUUACAGAGACACUGAAAAUUGUAAAUGCUUUGUGAAAGUGAAUAGGCUCCUUAAGACCUCCUCAACAAACAGAAUAAAUUAGAAAACUGAAGUAAAGACCUUAGUCAUUUUUUAAGAUUCUACUCUGAAUUGCUUGCAGUUGUCUUAAAUCACCUUGCUUUAUUAUAAUGUGGUGGCUCAGUAUUUAACAAAGGGACCACCACCUUUGUCUAUUGGAGUCUUAUAAUUAUUUUUAAAUAGUUUUUUUUUAAUCUUCACAAAGGUAUCAUAGUGAGCCUACAUUAUCUCAGGAGCCCAAGAUUACCAAGGCAAUGUCAGGAAAGUACAAAGGUAGACAAAAUUAAAGUAUUUAUUACAAUACAAGCAGCAUGUAAUGAGAUACAAGCCCUUAAAUAGUGAGCGAAGGAACAGGUUUAUGUGUAGGUGUACACAUGCAUAAUUGUGAUGUAUAUUUUUGGUUGGCUUCUGUAACUUUGAGACACCAUUAGCUUUCUUUCCCAAUCACUGAAGGCUGGAAACUAAUCCUGUUUAUAAAGGCUCCAGACUUCUCACCCCAUUUCCCACCUUAUCCUGACCCAGAUUAGAAAGUUAAGGCUUCCAAAAUGGCUGUCUUUCUUGUAUUAACACUUCCCAGCCUGUCUUGUGAGCAUGUCUCAUAAAAAAUUAGGCUGUGAGCAAAUGCCUGCCCUCCUUUUAAAUAUGACUAUUCACCAAUUUCCAGGUAGUUUUCUCUUCACUGCAUUUGAGCUCUUCAAGGUGUCUUACAAGUUCUUUUCCUUUCCUGGACCUUCUAGAGGAGCUGGAUACCAAGACUAUCCUGAGAUAGAGAACACCAAGGACCCCUAAUAUGGGAUUAUCAUUACUCACCCUAGAAAAGGUAAUAGACUAAUACUUAAAGAAACCAUAACUUAAUUAUGCAGCCCUCCCAAUGUUGCCUAAGCAUGCUGAAACACAAGGAGAAAACAGCAAUGCCACCAGUCAGCUACCGGUGUCCUGGACAUGAAGAGGCCAUCCAGUAGAACAGCAUCAUAACCAUCCUGCAUGGCCUUUCUCCAGAAUCAGACACCAAUAACCACUCCUGUGCUGCCUCCAGGAAGCUACAGGGUUGAAAUGAAACACUGAAAUGUCUCAGUUCCUCUCUCAAACUGAAUCCACAGAGUUGUUUGGCCAGCAAGAUGUCUGUUUAUAAAUAUUUGGGAGAUGCUCAGAUAUUGUGAUGAUGGGGAAGCCAUAACUGUCUAUGUGGAAGAUAGCUAAAGGGGUGAAGCUAGGCACUAUUUUGACAGCAGCCCUCCCCCUGCAAAAAAAGAAAAAAAAAGAAAUUACAUGAAGAUUUGUCCUUAUAGGCACAGGAAGUUCCAGACCACUAUGCUACCAAAGCACCCCUCUUAGGACAUUGAAAACAGAGCCUGGAAAAAUAGGACAGAACCAAACAGCCCAAUGCUUCUCUAAGAUACUUUCUCCAGUGUUACAGAGGAGAACAACAUGCCCCCAGAUAUACCUUUGUUUAAGUUCUAACUUUAAGGCAGGAAGCCUUUCGAUUGUCCACAUUUAUUUAUAAUUUUAGCUCAUAAAAGUUGCAAUUUGGGGGGAUGAAGGUUACUUGUUUUCACUUUUAUCCUGUGACUUAACACAUUUUUCAAUAUUCUAUUUUAAUCUUUGUUGGGCUGCUUUUAUUAAAUAUUUAUUACUUUUUAUGACUGAAAAAUAAAUUGG